AUGGAGGGAUCAUCGUCUAAAAGCCAUAAACGCAAGAACAAGGACGAGCAGAUCAAGAAGAACAAAAAGAGAAAUGUGAUCAACGUGAAUCCUGAGGAUAACAAGAUAGGCGAGAAGAUAUCAAACGGAAGUAAUGAGAAUUGUGGGCGUGAGAGUUUUGGAGUGUUUGAGUUCCCUUGGAUGGAGGAAAGCAUGAUCUCAACCUCUCUUGAUUGGAGUUUACCGGGAUCUCUUUUUCCCCUCGUCGAUGAUGGCAAUCAGAUAUUUGAAGAUAAUAGUGAAGUGAGAUGGCCAGUGAAAAGGGAUUGUAAUGAUAGGUUGGAGUUCGAGGCAUUUGAAUGCAUUUGGACUUUUAUUUCGGAUUAG